AACAAGAGCUACAAACAAAACACAAUAGAGGAACUAACUAGUAUUCACAGAACAGGGUGAGACAGAAAGAAAGAGCAGUGGAAAAUGUGGGCGCGGCUGGUGACAGGCAUGUGACAAACUAAUAAAAAAGAAAAUGUAUCUGAAAUAGACACAAUUAAAAUCAGGCAGACUGCAACAGAGAAAAAUAAACAGAAUAAGGCACAAAAGAUAAGAAUAACAUAUAUUCAGAGCGGAAGUCUAGAGAAUAAAUAAUAUUAGAGAGGAAACAGGAGAAAGAAAAAUAUACACAUAUAUGUAGAUCGAUAUGAUCAAUCAUCAUGGCAGAAGGUGAAACCUUUGCAGUUAUGAAUAAACUGAACUGGAAGAACACAUCUCCAACCUCAGGAGACAAACAAAGAGGAAAAAGAGAUGCAAGACUUGAACAGGAAUCAUUUUAUUCACUAGCUGGAAGCCAGACUCCAUCAUCUGAAGUCAUGAGGCUACCAGAAAUUUCAAAAGAGGCAAGACUUGAAGAAGAAUCAUGCUAUGCACUUGCUGGAAGCCAGGUCCCAUCAUCUGCCGUCAUGAGACUAACAGAAAUUUCAAAAGCUCCAUGUAUUCAAGAGGAAUCCGAGUAUGCACUUGUUGGCAGCCACCUUCCAUCAUCUGAAGUGAAGACGAUAAUGGAAAAUUCAAAAGAUCUAAUACCAGAGGAAGAAUCUAACUAUGCAGUUGUUGGAAGUCGUUUUCCAUCAUAUGGAGUUGGGAAUCAGCUGGAAAAUCAAGAAGCUGCAGUCAAUAAAGUUAAUCCCGAGUAUGCAAGUGUUGGAAAACACCGUAUAUCAACUAGAGUCAUGAGUCCAAUGGAAGAUCCCAAAAAAUGCGAAAACACCCAUGAACAAGACACUUCCUUUUAUAUCAGCGUGUUUGAUCAUUUUGUCGCAUUGGUUUACAAUAUUUUUCUUCUGUAA